UCAGCUGCAGUAUGUCAAAGGAGCGAGGAAAGGACUCUCUGUCUGAGAUGAGUCUCUCAGAGAAACAGAGUGUAAGAUCAGGCUCACAUGUGUUCAGCUCUGUGUUUGUGAAGAGUGAUUGUUCAAAAGGUCUUGGACCGAACAUAAGGGACAAAACAACAUCAUCAAAAAAAAGGCUUCAGUGUGUAACAUUAGAUUCAGAUUUCCAGACUUGCAGGGAUCACAAUGUCAAAGAUCUCCUAUGGAUCUUCCAGGAUCUUGAGGGCAAAAUAUUCACAUUUCUUAAGAAUCAGCUGGAGAAGUUUAAGAAACUAUUACAAAAAGAGAACACACAAUGCUGGGUGAAUGACUUUAAUGAGAAUAGAUGCAGAACCAAAGAAGCAGCUCUUGAUCUCACACUCUACUUCCUGAGAGAGAUGAAGCAAGAUGAAGCUGCUGAUAUUUUAGAAGACAAUCUGGUCUUCAUUCAUCAGCUGAAAUGUGGUUUAAAGAAGAAGUAUCAAUGUGUGUUUGAAGGAAUUGCAAAGCAAGGGGAUUCUAUACUACUGAAUAUCAUCUACACAGAUCUCUAUAUCACUCAGGGUUGUAGUGAACAGGUCAAUACUGAACAUGAGGUAAGACAGAUUGAAGUGGCUUCUAGGCGUCAUGAAUCUCAAGAGAUACCAAUUGAGUGCAAAAAUUUGUUUGAAGCACCUGAACAAGACAAUGAGAUCAGAACUGUUCUGACAAAAGGAGUUGCUGGCAUCGGAAAAUCAGUCUCUGUGCAGAGGUUUGUUCUGGAUUGGGCUGAAGGAAAAGAAAAUCAAGAUAUCAGCUUCAUAUUUCCUCUUCCUUUCAGAGAGUUGAACUUAAUGGAAAAAGAAAAACAAAGUUUGAUGGACCUUAUAAAUCAUUUUUUCCCAGAAAUAAAAGGAUUGAACCUUACAAGAAGAAAUAAUUUUAAAGUCUUGUUCAUCCUUGAUGGAUUGGACGAAUGUCGACUUCCUCUGAACUUUGAUGGUAAUGAAACAUGGCGUGAUGUCUCAUCACCAGCCUCUCUAGAUGUUCUCCUCACAAACCUCAUCAAGGGAAAUCUGCUUCCUUCUGCUCUCAUCUGGAUCACCACCAGACCAGCAGCUGCCAGUAAGAUUCCUCCUGAUUAUAUUGACCGGGUGACAGAGAUACGAGGAUUCAGUGAUGCACAAAAGGAGGAGUAUUUCAAAAAAAGAUUCAUAGAUGACAAUCUGUCCAAAGAAAUACUUGAUCAUGUAAAAAAAUCAAAGAGUCUCUUCAUCAUGUGCCACAUCCCAGUCUUCUGCUGGAUUUCAGCCACUGUUCUCCAGAACAUUUUGGAAAUAAAAACAGAUAAUAAUCAGCAAAACAAUCAGGCUGAUGACGCCUCCAAAACACUGCAGGAAUCAAACACUGUAGACACUCCUAAGACUCUGACACAAAUGUACACACACUUUCUCCGCUUUCAGAUCCAGCAGAGCAGACGAAAAUAUGAUGGAGAUUACACACCAGAUGUUUCCUGGGAUAAAGAUGCCAUCCUUUCACUGGGGAAACUGGCUUUUUAUCAGCUGGAAAGAAACAACUUGAUCUUCUAUGACACAGAUCUGGAAGCCUGUGGUAUUGAUGUCUACACGGCAUCAGUAUAUUCAGGCAUGUGUACCCAGAUCUUUAAGGAGGAAACAGGGAUCAUUCUUGGGACAAUGUACUGCUUUGUUCACUUGAGCAUUCAAGAGUUUAUUGCAGCCCUUUAUGCACAUCUGUUUCUAGACAUCAACAAGAAAAGUGUGUUUGUUCAAUCCUCUAUGGAACAGAAAUCAACUGAAACCAUGAUUGAGUUGCUAAAGACUGCAGUGGACAAUGCACUUGAGAGUGACAGUGGACAUCUGGAUCUUUUCCUUCGCUUCCUUCUCGGUCUGUCACUCCAGUCUAAUCGACUUCUCUUACGAGGACUGUUGACACAGGAAGGCUGCAAUGACCAAAUCAAAAAGGAAAUAGUUGAAUACAUCAAGCAGAAAUUAGAGGAUAAUCUGUCUCCAGAGAGAUCCAUCAAUCUGUUCUACUGUCUGAAUGAACUGAACGACCAAACUCUGGUGAAAGAGAUUCAAACCCACCUCAGUAAAGGUCUUUCAUCUUCUGAUCUUUCACCUGCUCAGUGGUCUGCUUUGGCCUUUGUUUUGUUGACAUCAGAGGAAGAGAUGGAGGAGUUUGAGCUUCAGAAAUUCAAGAAAUCAGACGAGUGUCUCAUUAGAUUAUCAGCAGUCAUCAAAACCUCCAAAAGAGCUCUGUUGAAUGACUGCAGCUUAACAGAUAGAUGUUGUUCAGCUCUGGUUACAGUUCUUGGAUCAGACACCAGUCUGAAAGUGCUGAACAUGAACAAUAAUAAUCUGCAGGAUUCAGGUGUGAAGCUGCUCUGCACUGGACUGAAGAACAUAAUAUGUAAAUUGGAGAUACUAAGUCUAAGUAUGUGUGAUCUAACAGAGGAAAGCUGUUCAGCUCUUGCUUCAGUUCUCAGUUCAGACUCCAGCAGUCUGAAGGAUCUUGACCUGAGCAAUAAUAAUCUGCAAGAUUCAGGAGUGAAGUUGCUCUCUGAUGGACUAAAAAAAUGUAAACUGGAGAAACUCAGACUCUCAGACUGCAGUAUCACUGAAGAAGGUUAUAAAGCUCUGGCUUCAGCUCUGAGAUCAAACCCUUCACACCUGGUAGAGCUUGAUCUCACAGGAAAUGAUCCUGGACAAUCAGGAGUGAAGGAGCUCAGUGAUUUACUACAGGAUCCAAACUGUCAGCUGAAGAAACUGACGUUUCUGGGUCCUGCUGCAGAUGAAGCAUUUCAGUAUGUGACUGAAAUUGUGGGUAAAAACCCUUUACUCCUAAGAGAGCUGAAUCUGAGUGGACGUAAACUAGGAGAAACACGAGUGAAUCAGAUCGCUGCACUACUGCAAGAUAAACACUGCAAACUCAACACACUGAUACUGAGUAAUGACAAUAUCACAGAAGAAGGUUGUGCUGCUCUGACUUUAGCAUUUGAUUCAAACCAUUCAAACCUGAUAGAGCUGGAUCUGAGUGGAAAUACACUAGGAAAAUCAGGAAUGAUGAAGAUAUGUUGUCUGUUGAAAAAUACAAAAAGCAGACUGAUGAAACUGAAACUCUCAGACUGCAGUAUAACAGAAGAAGGUUAUAAAGCUCUGGCUUCAGCUCUGAGAUCAAACCCUUCACACCUGAUAGAGCUGGAUCUCACAGGAAAUGAUCCUGGACAAUCAGGAGUGAAGGAGCUCAGUGAUUUUCUACAGGAACCAAACUGUCAACUCAAGACACUGAGGUUUUUGUGUCCUGAAGCAGAUGAAGCCUGUCGAUUUGUGACUGGAAUUGUGGGUAAAAACCUGUUACUUUUGAGUGAGCUGAAUCUGAGUGGACAUCAUCUAGGAGACACACGAGUGAGUCAGAUAUCUGCUCUACUGCAGGAUAAACACUGUCAACUCAGUACACUGAUACUGUGUGGUUGCAAGAUUACAGAGAAACAGUUACUCAUCCUGACUUCGGCUUUGAAAUCGAACCCAUCACACCUGAGAGAACUGAACCUUAGUGGUAAUAAGCUUAAAGACUCAGGAGCUAAAAACCUCAGUGAUCUACUGAUGAACCCGCAAUGCAAGCUGGAAAAACUGGAGCUGUGUGGAUGCAAAGUUACAGAGAAACAGUGUUUCACCCUGACUUCAGCUCUAAAUUCAAACCCUUCACAUCUGAGAGAACUGGACCUCAGUGAGAAUAAAAUAAAAAACACAGGAGUGAAGCAUUUAUGUGACAUACUGAAGGAUCCAGACUGUAAACUUGAGAAAUUGAGUCUGCAUGACUGUGGCAUUACAGAUCUUCAUUCUUUAAUUCAGUCUUUGACAAACACAAAAGCACUGCAGUUUCUAAAAGAGCUUGAUCUGAGUUACAAUAUGAUUGGAGACUCAAAGCAGCAGCUCAUUGAUGUGCUACAAGGCUCAAACUGUAAACUACUAGAAAAAGAACACUGGCUCACAGCGAGUCUAAGCAGCAUUAAUUUAAGCUGAACUCCAACAGGAUGGAACCAGCAAUCACCAUCAGCUGACAGAUCUACACAAGAGCUCUACUAUAGUGUUUAAAUCUAGGAGGAUAAAUUCAUUCAUUCAUUAUUAAUCUUAAUUAUGAACACACUGGUUUGUACAGUUUUACUGUUUAUGGCAUGUUGUUAUUCUCCUCGUUAUCUGCCUAUAGCAGCUAAUGAUCCAGAAGUCUCACCCAUAGGCUUACAUCUGCGUUGAAGAAAAACGUGGAUAUCAUGGUCCGAUUUGUCUGUAAGCAUUUUUUGGCAUUUUUGUAUAGUCUCACCUUUUUUUAAAUGUAAUAUUAUAUUCUUUUUUUCUUUCUUUUUUUUCAAAUCUAAAAUUUUAACUUGUGAUGGAAUUCAAAACUAAAGAAUUUAAGUUUGUUUAAACAAAUUUGUUUUAAAUUAUUAUUAUUAUUAUUUACAUAAAAUAUUUACCGUUCUCUGAUGUAGAUUAAUGGUCAAAUUGACGGGCAGAUAAAAAAAAUACUUAUUUCUAUUUUUAGUGUUAUAUUUUAAUUGUUUUUGUUUUAAAAUAAUAAAUUUUUGUCUUGCUUUAUAUUUUAUUAUCAAAUAAUGGACUAUCAUUUUCUUUACAUUUUUUUAUAUAAAUAGGGUAGAUUUAUUGCUAAGUUUAUAACAAAUUAGGAAAAAAAGUAUUGUAAAAGUAAUCUAAAAAGUAAUCAGAAUACAGAAUACCUAAAAUGGGUAACCUAGAUUAUGUUGCUAAUUACAAUAUUUCUUCAUGUAAUUUGUAAGUCGACCAAUAUGGGUUCUUCUCUGUCCGAUGCCGAUAUUUAGAAAUCAGGGUGGCCGAUAUAUGAUGAUGAUUAUUUUGGCUGAUAUGUUUGGCCAAUGUAUGUUCUGUACAAAGAUACAUUCAUAUAAAAACACCUGCAUCGCAUUCUGAUUUUGAAAUGUGCGGUGCACAUUUAUUCAAUGUAGUAUAAGCCUUUUGGAAAAUGUUUUUAUGGUGGUCAGUUUUGAUAUUGUGGUGCCACAAAUAUGUAUUGGAAACACUGGAGUAUGCUAUAAGUCAACUGGCCAUAAUCUAAGCGAUAACAAAAAUAAAAGAGUUCACACAUAUUACGCAGUCUGCUGCUCAUAACUGCUUAAGAAUGCACAUUUAAUGAGGAAAGUUAACCUGCAUGUUUUAGCCAGGCCUUACGACUGAAUUGCAUGUGUUUCUAAUUUCAAAAUUACUUGUUGCAUUUAUGAUAAGCAUAGUCAGCAUAAAUUCUAGUAGGCUACAAUGUAAUUACGCUUGCAAAACGGUCUGUUUUCCCCUGCCAUCAUUAGCU